UCUUCCUAUAUAUUCGGCCAGGCUGAAACACAGCAGGAUCAAGGCUUUCAAUUUUGUUUGUUGCCAGAAUCACCUUGACAUCUCAUCUUGAAUCAAAACCAUCUAAGGUCUUGCCUGUUCCUUUGGGAGGCUUGAUACCAAUGUCUUCAUACAAUUCAGGAUGUGUGAGAGGGAGUUGAACUGCUUCUUUGAUUUCCUGUAUCUGUGCAUCUAACCCACCUAUGUCAGCAUAUGAAAAGGAGCUCUUCUCCAAUACAGAUGUUACCAGCAACCUGGAGAUUCCUCAGUCUGCACUGUAUCUGCCUGAUGCGGUAGAGGACAACGAAAUCAUGCUUGCGUGGGACCAUGGAAAGAUUUGGAGGUUCAAGGCUCCUCUGAGGAGAGAUGGUACUGGUAGACGUUACAUGAGUUGCCAAUGGCGUCAAUUUGCCAAGGACAAUUCUCUCAUGGAUCGUGAUGUUGUCAAGUUUUAUCGCUCUACUUCUAUUGUGAAUUUGUAUGUUGUGAGUUUUGAACGUACGCUUAGGGGGUGCUCCCCUUUGAUUUAUUCGGAACAGGAAGAUUGGCGCCUCCUUGUCUUAAUAUCAGGAAGUGGAAAUUCUAUCUUCUUAUCUAUUCGGCCAGGCCGAAGCAGAGCAGGAUCAAGGCUUUCAAUUUUGUUUGUUGCCAGAAUCACUUUGACAUCUCAUCUUGAAUCAAAACCAUCUAAGGUCUUGCCUGUUCCUGGCUCUCUAUAAAGUAUGACCCCCUUGGGAAGCUUGAUACCAAUGUCUUCAUACAAUUCAGGAUGUGUGAGAGGGAGUUGGACUGCUUCUUUGAUUUCCUGUAUCUGUGCAUCUAACCCACCUAUGUCAGCAUAUGAAAAGGAGCUCUUCUCCAAGACAGAUGUUACCGGCAACCUGGAGAUUCCUCGGUCUGCAUCUGCACUGUAUCUGCCUGAUGUGGCAGAGGACAACGACAUCAUGCUUGUGUGGGACCAUGGAAAGAUUUGGAGGUUCAAGGCUCCUCUGAGGAGAGAUGGUACUGGUAGACGUUACAUGAGUUGCCAAUGGCGUCAAUUUGCCAAGGACAAUUCUCUCAUGGAUCGUGAUGUUGUCAAGUUCUAUGCUGUCCCUUUUGAACGUGCGCUUAGGGCUCUCCCACUCUUCCCCGGUGCUCCCCUUUGAUUUAUUCGGAACAGGAAGAUUGUGUAUUGUGUGCUGUUUGUUACUGUUGUUGUUGAACUAUAUGCUAUGCUGUGAUCUUUUAUUAUCUUCACUUUUAGGAACAAGAUUUGUCCUUUUUAUUUGGUUCGUGUGAAGCAUGAAUGUCUUUAUUUAGAUCUAUGGUCUAUUAUCAAGAAAUAUGAUGUUGGCUUCCUAAGCAUUUAUUUUUA